AUGUCCGACCCAUAUGGCAAGUACCCACCCUACAACGCUGCAGCUCCAGGUCCACACCCUAGCGGCGGGGUGUACUAUGCGCCCCAGGACGCCCCGCAUGAUUAUGGGUCUCAGCAACCAUAUGGGCAGCCUGGCCAGCUUCACCAGUAUACGGGUGCCUACAAUUCCCAGCAUGAUCUGAGCCAGCAAGCGCAACAGUAUCAGCAGCAGCCGCAGAGGGAUUUUCUGAGCCCGUCUGAUGCGCUGGGGUACCCGCAUGCGCCCGGAAACCACGAAGCUAGAGGUCGCCAGGGCAGCAACGCUGAGUAUUACAACCAGCAUAUCGACGAACAUAGAGAUGUUUCCCGAUCACGGCGCAGCCGAUCCCGCGCGUCCAGUAGCGCGAUGAACGCCGGAUCCGAAUCGCGAUCUAGGUCUAGAUCUGGGUCAACUGGGCAGGGUCGAGACCUAGCGGGAACGUUGCUGGGAGGGAGCAUGGCGAGGAUCAUCAUAGUCGCCAUCGCCAUCGUCACCAUCAUCAUGAUCAUGAUCAUGGGCAUCACAGUCAUCAUCACCAUGGCCAUCGCCAUCAUCGGAGCCACUCGAGACAUAGUACACACAGUGACGGUUCCUGAUGCUUGCGUUCUCUGUGGGGAGGAGUAA